GGACAAAGCAUUCAAGAUCCCGAGCGUGUUUCGGUGGAUGAUUGAGCUGUAUCGUACCACUGGAGACGAUAUUGUUUGCGAGAUGGGAUAUGAUGCACACGUUCUCAUUCGAUCAUAUGAUCUCGCUCUCCAACUUUUCGUGCCAAUAAUGAUUAUGAGCUUGGGCCUACUCCUACCCUUGAAUAUAUUGGGAAGUGAAGGUGGGGAAGACCUCAAUGCUUUCCUCGUGACAAAUAUCAGUGACGGUGAUAG